GAGCCGCGCCGGGGGCCGCUCCCGCCCGCUCGCCGGCCAGGCCUCCGCCGCCCGCCCCCCGCUCGCCCGCUCACCCGCAUCCCCGCUUCCCCCCCCGCCGCGUCCCGGCGCGAAGAUGGCAACCGACGGGCUGCACGAGAACCAGACGCUGGCGUCGCUGAAGAGCGAGGCCGAGAGCCUCAAGGGCAAGCUGGAGGAGGAGCGGGCCAAGCUGCACGACGUGGAGCUGCACCAGGUGGCCGAGCGGGUGGAAGCCCUGGGGCAGUUUGUCAUGAAGACCAGAAGGACCCUCAAAGGCCAUGGAAACAAAGUUCUCUGCAUGGACUGGUGCAAAGAUAAGAGAAGGAUCGUGAGCUCAUCCCAGGAUGGGAAGGUGAUCGUGUGGGAUUCCUUCACUACUAACAAGGAGCACGCGGUCACUAUGCCCUGCACAUGGGUGAUGGCGUGUGCGUACGCCCCGUCGGGAUGUGCCAUUGCAUGUGGUGGCUUGGAUAAUAAGUGUUCUGUGUAUCCACUGACGUUUGACAAAAAUGAAAACAUGGCUGCCAAAAAGAAGUCUGUCGCAAUGCACACCAACUACUUGUCGGCCUGCAGCUUCACCAACUCAGACAUGCAGAUCCUGACAGCGAGCGGCGACGGGACAUGCGCCCUGUGGGAUGUGGAGAGCGGGCAACUGCUGCAGAGCUUUCACGGGCACGGGGCUGACGUCCUGUGCUUGGACCUGGCCCCCUCAGAAACGGGAAACACCUUCGUAUCUGGGGGAUGUGACAAGAAAGCCAUGGUAUGGGACAUGCGCUCCGGCCAGUGCGUGCAGGCCUUUGAAACACACGAAUCUGACAUCAACAGUGUCCGGUACUACCCAAGUGGAGAUGCCUUUGCUUCAGGAUCAGAUGAUGCUACGUGUCGCCUCUAUGACCUCCGGGCAGACAGAGAGGUUGCCAUCUAUUCCAAAGAGAGUAUCAUAUUUGGAGCAUCCAGUGUGGACUUCUCCCUCAGUGGUCGCCUAUUAUUUGCUGGAUACAACGAUUAUACCAUCAAUGUCUGGGAUGUUCUUAAGGGGUCCCGAGUCUCCAUCCUGUUUGGACAUGAAAACCGAGUCAGCACUCUACGAGUUUCCCCUGAUGGGACUGCUUUUUGCUCAGGAUCAUGGGAUCAUACCCUAAGAGUCUGGGCUUAAUCAUCUCCUCGAGAUGCACACGUAGGCACCUGAGAGUAGAAUUUGAAAUCGUCAUAUGUAAAUAGUUCUUUCUUCUAGAGAAUCUGAGGGUUAUUGCAAUGUAGCUUGCAGGAGUGACUCCACGGAUGCAAGUUCACUCUGUGUCUCUGAUAUUCCUAUUACGACUUCCACCCCUGGAAACACACCGGUGUGGGCCUUCAGCACUAGAACACCUUCAAGUACAGUGUUUUGCAUUUUAAAUGCUUUUUAAAAUGUAUCCAUUUUUAAGGUUAUUCUAAUUAUACAGUCUCAAUGCAUCCUAUUACCAGUAGGAUUCAGCAUUUAAUACGUCCCCAGGACUUCCUUGAAUCAGAUUUGUUUUCAGAGCACUUUAGAAUCUGAUUCUCUCAGAGCGUGCACUGUGUCUUUUGGAAACUUCCUCUGGAAGUGCUGAUCUCAGCGGACUAUAUGAGGCAGACCAUGUUGAUUGGUGAUCUGUGAUAGAAAAUUCGUAAUUGGACAAAAUCCCUUUCUAAAAAAAUAUUUUUAUUGUAAAAUGUUCUUUUUCAGUCUCACAUCUUUUUUCAGAGCAAACAUUUCCUUCUGUGUGAACGGUCAUAAAUAGAGGAGAGAGAUCCAUCAAGUGGACAGGAUGUUUGAUUUAUGAAUUCCAUGAGUGAUGUGAUGAAUCGCUUGGACAGGAUCCUUGCUGUCAUUUGAGAGAAAAGCGGUUUGUGACACAAAUGCUUCCCAGAGCAACCAAAACCUUUCUUGUGUGGGAACAUAAGACAGUAAACUUAAAAACCUGUUAGUAGUAUUAGAUGUAUUAGAACUAGUAGUAUCCACUCAGGCUACAGUAGAUCAUAUCCAUAUGAAGCAUAUUCAUAUUUAUUGCACUGAAAAUAUAAUUACAUACACAAAUUAGUUGAUAGGCCCCGAGUGAUAAUGUCUCUGUGUGUCUUAGAUUGAGAAAAAAUAACACAGAAAAUACCUGUCUUUAUUUGAAAUUCAGCAUUUCCUUCUGGAAGACACUACCUGUUUUUGUUAGGAGAUUCCCUCUUUUCCUUGUUCUUAAGGUGUUGAGGCUUAAUCUUUGUUUUAGCAAACCCCUCAUUCAUAAAGAUAGCAUGCAUUACUUAGAGAAAUAGAAGGUUGCCUCACACACCGAAAAUCACUCCUGGUGGAGGCCUGCCCUGUGGGUGGUCUGGGGUCUUAUGGUGCCCCAGGGCUAUGUGUGCUAGUGCCCUGGGUCCUCCAGACCCCUCGCUUGUCCUAAUUCUGGCCCUGCAAGCCAAGCCCAGGCCCUGCUGCUUAGAGAGGCCCUUCCAGAGCAGGAGCAGGGCAUGGCCAUCAGACAGGCCUGGAUCUGGCUGGCGCUCCUGCAAACAUCACGAUGUGUGCCAGGCCUACCCUCAAAACCACUUGUUCCGGUAUCAUAAUGGGCCAGUCAGUCAAGAAACAGCCAGGCUAGCUUUUCCACCAGUUCUUUUCAAGUAAAUAUAAUGGUUAGAUUCAGUCAUUUGCCAAGCAAACAUUUUACUGAGGGUUUUACUAUGCAGCACACCCUGGGGUAGAGAAAUGUAAAAGGCUCCUGCUUGACUCCAAAGAGCCCAGAGGAGGGACCAUUUCUCAGCCACCUUCUUGAUCAUUCCCCAGUGGAUCUCAGGCUGGGCAGGGGCUCAGGGAUAUGGAAACAGGAUCUCCCCAGCUCCUGCCAGCUGCUGAGAGAGUCAGCCCCCAGAGUGCACCUUAUGGGAUUCCCCAGCUCCACUCCCAGAACUCCCAGAGUUUGCUCCUGAUCUCCUGGGUAUGGGAUCCCCUUCCCUCUCUCCUACUGACCCUUUAGUGUCUCUGCUCUCUGACCUAGACCUCCCAGAAGUAAACAAAGAUGGGACAAAGGAAAAGUCACCUAGACUAAAGGGAAGCAAAUUCAAUGGUAUAUGUUUGGAGAGGCAGAGAGCAUCUUCAGUAUAUGUGCAAAAAUGAUCCAUAACUUUCCAAUCAAAAAAGCUAUGAAAAAAAACUGUGAAGUAUUCCCUAGAACACUCACUUAUCCCCACUGGCAGUAAGCUACCUCCCUGGAAGUAUUUGAUUUUGUAGUGGGUGUUGUUUUAGUAUUUAUCGAUGGAACACUUGGUUUGGAAUAUGCUACACCAUGUGGGGCCUCCGGGGUAACUCCAGAUAAUAAAUUGUAUUUUGCAUA